CCAAUUGAGAUUCAUAACUCUCUCACCACACCAGUGCUUGCGUUUCCAUCUAGUUUGGUCCAUUCAUAUUUUAGGCUCUAAGGGACAAACGUUUUUCCAUUCAGUGCACACAUUGUCAGCGGAGAUCGCAGAGGUUUUCGUUAAAAAAAAGAAAAAAAACGGGGCAAAUGAUGAAAUGGUGGGUUUGUUUGCUAAUGCUGACAAUUGCCGCUAUUUAUGUGGAUGCUGCGAAGGGCGGUGGUAGAGGUGGUGGUCGACGAGGUAGAAUAGGGAAUAUUAAUCGAUUUGGAAUCCAUAAUAUGCCAAAUCUCAAUCGCAAUCCUGCCAGCGUUAAUUAUUAUGAAAACAAGGAUGGAGCAAAAAUCGUAAAAUCUUCUCAUUUUGAGUUAGAUUAUAUGUUGGGUAGAAAAAUUACAUUUUUCUGCAUGGCUAUUGGUCUUCCAAGACCUGAAAUCACUUGGUUCAAAGACGGUAUCGAAUUGUAUCAUCACAACUUUUUUCAGGUACACGAGUGGCCAAUUGGAAAUGAUACAGUAAAAUCAAAAAUGGAAAUAGAUCCUGCAACACAAAAAGAUGCGGGAUAUUAUGAAUGUCAAGCUGAUAAUCAGUAUGCAGUGGAUCGACGUGGUUUUAAAACCGAUUAUGUUAUGUUCUCCUAUUAAAUUUAAUUUAGCUUAAAUUACAUUAAUUUAACAACGAAGGCAGAGUUUUUUUUUUUUUUUUUUUUUUUUUUUUUUUUUUUUUUUUUUGUA